UGUGUGACACUUUUUUCCAUUUAUUUGGAAGUUUGGUAAGUAGUUAAAUUUUUUGGUCUUCACCAUUGACGGGUAGCAGUAAAACUAAUUCAUUGCUUACCAUCAGCGCGCUAAGCGGUAGGGGUUUAUCAAUGAGUUUUUUCUCAUUUACAAGAGUUGAAUCGAGUGAGUUGUUAAAUUUAAGUAGGGGUGAUGAAUUGAGAUAAGCAAAACCCAACAAUUACAAUGAAGAGGAAACUGAGAGAGUGAGAUCACUCAUGAACAGCCUUGACAAACAAACCCUUAAGAAUUUGUUGGGACACAUUCUAGGAAGCUUCCAUUCUGCAUGGGAUUAAAUCAUGUGGGAGAAGCUUUAUCAGCUGUUGGACAUGGAUUCAGGAACCACGGGCAACCCAUCCAAUGUUUUCAAUUGUCAUCUCUUCUAUUCUGGUGAGCUUUCUUUAGAUGGCAAUGGAUUUUGGUGUAUCUCUUGGGGCUGCGAUUGUGAAGGACGUGGUGUAUGCAGCAACACGUCAACUUCGUUAUUCCUUCUGCUUCAGCAAUUUAGUUGAAGAUGUUGUGAGAGAAAAAGAGAGGUUGUUAUUGACAAGAAACAGUGUGCUGGACAAAGCAGAGAAAGCUAAAAAGAGAACUGAAAAGAUAUCCAGUGAUGUUGAGCAGUGGCUCAAUGAUGCAAACUUGAUCUUGGAAGAAGUGGAGAUGCUGGAAGUGAAGGCAAAAGAAAAAAAGAGCACUUUCCUCUGUCACUGCCCCAUUUGGAUCUGGCGACAUCGUCUAGGAAAGGAGGCAGCGAGGAAGGCAGAUACCAUAAGAAAGCUCGAUAAAAAUAGUAAGUUCAAGCAAUUUUCACGCCUUGCUACACUUCCUGGCAUGAAAUACUAUUCUUCUGAAGGUUUUAUAUACUUUGAGAGUACAAAGUCUACUUAUGAUCAAAUUCUAAAUGCACUUAAAGAUGAUGAGGUUUGCGUGAUUGGAGUGUAUGGCAUGGGAGGAACUGGAAAAACAGCCCUGGUAAAGGAAGUAGGUAAAGAAGCUGAGCAGAUCUUUGACAAAGUUGUCUUUCUUGCUGUGUCCAGUGCUAUAGAUGUUAGAAAAAUACAAGGCAAUAUUGCAAGCUCACUAGGCUUUGAGUUGAAAGAAGAAGAUAUCUCAGAGAGAGCCAAGCGCUUGAGUAUGAGAUUAACUACAGGAGAAAGUAUUCUCAUAAUUCUUGAUGAUGUAUGGCAAAUGCUUGAUUUUGAAGCCAUAGGGAUUCCCUUUGGUAAAGAUCUCGUGAGAUUCAAAUGCAAUGUUCUCUUGACAACAAGAAGUCGACAAGUAUGUUCUAUGAUGGAUUGUCAAAAAAUAGUUCCGCUAUCGCUCAUAGCUGAAGAAGAGGCAUGGGCUCUAUUCCAGAAGCAUGCAGAUAUAACUGAUAGUGCAUCUGAUCCCUUGAAGGGUCUGGCACAAGCAAUUACAAAUGAAUGUAAAGGACUGCCAGUUGCAAUCAAAGCUGUGGCUAGCACUUUGAAGGGCAAAAACCUGGUUGAGUGGGAGGAAGCUUUGGAAACAUUAAGAGAUUCUAGACCACUGGAUAUUGAACCUGGUCUGGAGAAUCCUUAUAAAUGUCUGCAACUAAGUUAUGAUAAUUUGAAGAAUGAAGAUGCCAAGUCACUUUUCUUGUUAUGUUCCUUCUUCCCAGAAGAUUCAGAAAUUCCUCUUGAGAUUUUAAUCAGAUUUGGAUUUGGGCUAGGCUUGUUUGAACAAGUUAAAUCAUUCAAGAGGGCAAGGACUAAAGUGAGUGCAAUUAUUAAUAAACUCAUAAGCUCCGGUUUGUUGCUUCAAGCCGAAGAAAGGCCAUCUGUGUUAAUGCAUGACUUGGUACGUGAUGUAGCCUUGUGGAUAGCAAAGGAAAAGGUUCAUGUCAUAUUGGGCCCUAAGAUGGAUACAGAGGCAUUGAGAGAGGAUACAAAUAUAAAAGAUACAGUAAGAUUCUUGUAUUUCUAUAACAUAAAUGAAUUUCCAGAUCAAUUGGAUUGUCCAAAUCUUGAGAUUCUAUACAUGUACACGGAGGAAAAAGGUUCUUUUCAAGUGCCAAAUUCACUUUUCAAUGGGGUUAAUGAGCUCAAAGUUUUGACCUUGCAUUUUCAUAGGCUUUUAAAGGAAACCCUGUUAAAGGAAACCCUGUGUCUAUUGGGGGCUCAGGCAAUCUAUUGCUUAACAAAUCUUCGAACCUUAUGCCUAAAAGGAUGCAAAUUGGAUAACAUCUCCUUUUUGGGAAACUUAGAGAAACUUGAGACUCUUGAAUUCUGUAAUUGCAUGAUAAACGAAUUGCCAAAUGACACAGCAGAACUGAGGAAGUUGAGGCUGCUAGAUGUAUCACUAUGCAGUAUAGGAGGAAAUCCUUAUGAGGUGCUGGGAAGAUGUUCACAACUAGAAGAGUUGUACUUUGUAAAAAAUGAUCUUUCAGAAAAGGUAUUAAAUGAUCAAAAUCUGGCCAAAUUCUUUCGCAAGAGUAGCUCUUCUCACAGAUUGCAAAGGUAUCAUGUAUAUAUCGGAAGUGAUAAUUAUAAAUUUAAAGGUGAUAUGAGAUCAAGAUUUUUAUCGAUAAAUCACUUUGAUGUGUCCAUCUCAAGUUCCACAAUCAAGGAUCUGAUACAAAGAGCAGAAAUUCUUUUUCUCAGAAAAAUAAAGAGAGGUUGUAAAAAUAUUGCCCCUGACAUUCUCCAGAUUGAAGGAAAAAGUACAAAUGAGUUAGUUGAGCUUCACAUUGACAGUUCUGAAGAGAUGGAGUACUUGAUUGACACUACAGCUUUGUUUGAGGUUGGGAUUGUCUUCUCCAAUCUGGUUAAGCUGAGAAUCUCAUGGAUGAAACGUUUGAAAGAAUUGUUCUGCGGUCCGCCUCCUCUUGGCCUUUUUGAGAAGCUAGAAGAGCUGUGUGUUGCACAAUGUAGCCAGCUGUGUAGCAUAUUAUCUUUUUGGAAGCUGAACUUUCAAAAUCUCAAGAUCUUAAAAUUUGAGAAUUGCCCCAUGUUGACAUCUCUCUUCUCAUCUGCUGUUACUCAAAGUUUGGGACAAUUGGAAGUGCUGAAAAUAAGACAUUGUGAUGGUCUGAAGCAUAUAAUGACAGGUGAGGACGCAGAGAUAGUUUUAGAUGAUAAUGGUCAACAAGUUUUCAGAUCAGUGUUCACAAAAUUAAAACGGCUCAUUGUCAAAUGGUGUGGACAACUGGAGAGCUUAUUCCCAGUCUCUUUUUCUAAGGGCCUUGUGCAAUUGGAGUAUUUAGAAAUAGACAAAGCUCCUGAAUUGAAAUAUAUUUUUUACCAAAAUCAGCUAUCCUGUCAGAAUCAAAAUGAGUUACACAUCAUUGAGUUUCCUGUUCUAAAAUUACUCAAGCUGUUGCACUUGCCAAAUAUCAUUAACAUUUGUCCAGAAAAUUAUCAUCCAAUGUGGCCGUCUUUGCAGAACUUGUAUUUGCUGCAGUGUCCCCAUUUAAACAUCAUGUCUGUCAAUAAUUCCAUUUUUGGUUUAACAACGAGACAUCAAGGUGAUAUAGAGGAACCGAUGCCACUUGUUACACAUAGCAGCCAAGUGGUUAAUGGAGUUUCACCAUUACUAACUCUGCAACAUGUAGAAAGUCUUGUUGUUGGGUUCUGUAAAAUAGAAGGCAUUUUACAGCUGACAGGACUUCCCAUCAAUGGAGUGAUAGAUCAACUGACAUCAUGUUUACACCGUUUGUCUUUGGAGAACUUACCUGAGCUGGGCUAUAUAUUUAGGGGUCCUUUACAAGUUUUGAGCCUUCCAAAUCUUGUAGAACUAUGUGUCCAUGGAUGCAGAAAAUUAAAAUAUAUCUUCUCAUCUUGUAUUGCUGGUAGCCUACCUCAUUUGGAGGUGCUGGACAUAAAAUAUUGCGAUCAGUUAGAGGAAAUCAUUGAGGAUGAAGAACAAAGGAACCACUUGAAUCAUUGUAAGGAAUCAAAUGAAGGGGAGAUCACUUUGGUUUCUACCACUCUUGAGGACAUGUCUCUUAUCCACCAAAGUACAGGGCCAUUCAAUUUUCAUAGUCUUAAGCAGCUGAAACUAGCUUCUUGUCCAAUGUUGAGAUCAUUGUUCACCCCAUCCACUGCCAAAACUUUGACAUCAUUGCAAUAUUUGACAAUAGAAGAAUGUCAACGGUUGAAAUUCUUAGUAGCCGAAGAGGCAGUUCAAGAAAAUAGCCCGGAGGAAAUUGUUAAGGAGGAUCAUGAAGGGGAGAGCCAUGUAUUCUUCUCCAAGUUGGAAGUUCUCAGGGUUGAAAAAUGUGAUGCAUUGGAAUACAUAUUUCCGGUUUCUUACGCUCAAGGUCUAGUGGAAUUGAAAAACAUGGUAGUGAGUGAAACUCACCAGAUAAAGUAUAUAUUUGGCGAAAGUCAUCACGGCGAGAACUCUUCCAGCAGAAAGAAAAACCAGAUCCAAGUUCAGCUUCCUGUUUUGACGGAAUUCUGUCUUAGAGGUUUACCAAGCAUCAUUAGCAUUUGCCCAGAAAGAUUUUAUGUUGAAUGCUUAUCUUUGCGACGGUUUUCUCUGGAUUCACUUGGAUUACCGAUCAUGUCUAUGAAGAAUUCGAUGAAAUCUUCAAAAGAAAUAGAGGGGGGCUGCACAUCCAACCAGGUGUCACUGGAAGAAGUUCCAGAUAUACAGACAAUUGAAAAUUCUGGUAAACUUUCACUUUGUACCUGUGAAAUAGAAGCUGUUUUCCAAAUAGAAGGACCUUCAAUCAAUAAACAUCAAGAUUCACUGACCUUAAGCUUAAGCUACCUGGAUCUGCACAGUUUACCUGAGCUAAGGCAUAUAUGGAAGGGUCCUCAAGAACUUCUGAACCUUGAAAAUCUCAUGGAGUUAUCUGUAUUUGAGUGUGAAAAAUUGAAAUAUAUCUUCUCUUCCUCAGUCUUGAGAAGCCUUCCCCAGUUAAUGUCCUUAACUAUAAAACACUGUGAGCUAUUGGUGCAAAUUAUUGAAGAAGAUGAAGGUGAUAGAAAUACCUUAGAUUGUAAUUGUCAGAAUGUGUGUUUCCCAAGGCUGGAAAUCCUUGAUAUUCAGCAGUGCAAUAACUUGAAAUGUCUUUUCUCUAUCUUCUCACCUCUUGAGCUACCUCAGCUACAGUUCCUGUUUAUAGAAGAUUGCUCUCUGUUGGAGAAAGUCUUUCGAGGAAAAGAAUGUGAGAUUGAACAAGAGCAGGUACCUUUGUUUCCAACUCUGGAGUGCCUAAGGCUCAGAAAACUGCCAAACCUCAUUGAUAUCUGCCAAGGAUUUAAACUGAAAUCUGUGUAUCAUGAAGUUGAGGACUGUCCUAAGCUCGCUUCAGCUGCUGCUGCUACCUUAAAAAUUUUACCACAAGAACACCGAUAUCCAGAAGAAAACAGAGAACAUAAAGAAGAGGGAAAAGGAAACAAGGGAAAACAAAAACUACUAAUAGAGGAAACAAAUGCAGUUGAUCUGACCAAGAGCUCCAUAAAAAUUAAGGAAGUUAAUCUGGGAGAUGCUAGCAGUAGUACUAGUACUCCCUCCAUAGAUGCAGGCUUUAACCCCAACAACAACACAACAGAGACAAUUUUUUACUUGCCAAAGGUUGCUGAAGAUUAUAUCCAAGGGCUUGGGAACAACUGCAAGACCAAGCAUCUUUGUGAAGAUUUCAACUGUGGAGUUGCUGUUUCAGCACUUAUGGCUCCACAAGAGUUGUAUACUCCUGUACCAGCAGCUCUCAAUGGUCAUGAUCCUUCACCUGCUGUCAUUCUGAAUUCAGCUCCUACAGAUUCCUCUCUCAUAACUCCAUCCACUGCUAUACAGUCAUCAGUUUCACUCCCAGCUGUUCAUAUUCCACUAACAGAAGUUGAUCAACUGGAGAUUACUCCAACAGAAGAAUAUGCCAUUUUUAGGGACAUUGGGGCAAUCAAGAAAAGGCAUAUCCAUCUUUUAGAGCAAGCUAUAGCUAGUUACCCGUCUCUUUGGUCAUGGCGUGAGAAAUUCCCGCGUCCAAAAAUGAGAGAAUUUGGAUACGCCAUCUUGGGUGAUAUGUUGGAGUUCCUCACAGUGACUCGGUGGGGAAACCUCACUGAAACAAAGAAAGCUGAAUUUGAGACUUUAGUGUGUGAGUUGGAGGCCUUUGGGUUUGAUAUGCAAUGGUUGAAGAGCACAGAGACACUGAUUAAACAAAGCAAGAUAGAUAAGGAAGCCAUUGAUCACAUGAAGAGACUUGAAGUGCAAGUACAGGAACAACAUACUGUUAUGCAGGAAUUAGAGGUUCGUUUUCAGGUGGCGAAAGAGGAGCUAACAAAUUUGAAAUCAGAACUAGGGAGAAUAAGAUGUGAGCUUGGAAACUUCGACGACUUCAUAGGAUUUUGAAUUAGGAAAUGGAAUUUGAUGUAAUUUUUUUAAAAAGGUAAAUUAUUAAUAUCAAAGGUUCUGGAAU